AUGUCUGCAAUAACACGCUUCUUCUCCCAUGUCAAGUCUAGACAAUCGUUCAACUUGCGAUUUUUAAGACAACAUGGUUACGAGCUUCUCGAUGAUUCGCCUCUUGGUGAAGGCUCCUACGCCAAAGUCCGUAAAGCUUACUCUAGAAGAACCAAACUUCACGUUGCUGUUAAAAUAAUAGACCGUAAAAAGGCUCCUGAUGAUUUUUUAGAUAAAUUUCUUCCCCGAGAAUUGAGCAUCAUUCAAAAUCUUGAUCAUCCUCACAUCAUUCGAGUGUAUGAGGUGCUGGAAAUUGGCGACAAAGUGUUUGUAGUUAUGGAUCUCGCCACUGGCGGAGAUUUAUUGGAUUACAUCAAGGAAAAAGGAUACGUGGAAGAAAGUUUAACCAAGAAAAUCUUCCUACAAAUGUUGCAAGCAGUCAAACAUUGUCAUAAACAUGGUGUGCUGCAUCGUGACUUAAAAUGCGAAAACAUUCUCUUGGACGAAGGGAACAACGUGAAGCUCACCGACUUUGGUUUCUCCAGACCAUUUAAAAAGUCAGAAAUUUGCAAGACCUACUGUGGUUCGGCUGCAUAUGCAGCGUACGAGAUUCUAAGAGGUGUUCCGUAUGACGGUGAAAAAGCUGAUGUGUGGAGUAUGGGAGUGAUAUUGUACACGAUGGUAACGGGUCGGAUGCCAUUUGAUGACUCCGACAUGAAAAUGCUACUGGCACAGAUCAAACGCGGGCCAAGCUUUCAUAAACCGAAACAGCAGAUCACGGAAGACUGCAGAGAUCUCAUAUGUGGCAUGCUCACCUUAGAUUUUAGAUUGCGAAUGGGCAUUGAAGAUAUUGAACGCCACGCAUGGUUUUCAGGUACUUCACGUUCAGAGCGUACUGGGAGCACACAGUCGGCAAGGUUGAGAUCUUCGACAAACGAGGGCCAGAGUUAA